UGAUCGGAAGUGAGCCUGCCUCACAGGAUUGUCAGACUGCUUUAGCGGGGUAGGAAUGGCUGAUGCCAUAGCAGAUACGAGGAGGCUUUUUUCCAAGCCCCAGAACCUAAACGAUGCAUAUGGACCUCCAAGUAACUUUCUAGAGAUUGAUGUGUCCAACCCCGAAACAAUCGGCGUGGGUCGAACUCGGUACACAACAUACGAAAUCAGACUGAAGACCAAUCUGCCCAUUUUCCGGCUAAAGGAGUCGAGGGUGCGGAGGAGAUACAGCGACUUUGAGUGGCUAAGAGGAGAACUGGAGCGCGAGAGCAAGGUGGUUGUUCCACCCCUGCCUGGAAAAGCCUUGUUUCGCCAGCUGCCGUUCCGCGGUGAUGACGGGAUUUUCGACGACUCCUUCAUCGAGGAGCGGAGACAUGGCCUGGAGCAGUUUCUCAACAAAGUGGCGGGUCAUCCUUUAGCCCAGAACGAGCGCUGCCUGCACAUGUUCCUGCAGGACGAGUCCGUAGACAAGACCUACACACCCUCCAAGAUCAGAAAUGCUUGAACUUUCCCCACAAGUCCAGACCCGACAUAUAAGACUAGCCAUAACGCCUUCCCUUAUAACAGCAGAUCAGGUAAACAUGCCCAUUUCCCAAACUACCCAUAAGAAACUCUGACAAUCCAGAAAAUAUUACUAGGAAAAUAAUAGAAUGUCAGACAAGCCUGAACACACCCCACACUGAAAAGAGAUCAGUCAAUCGCAUAGACUUGCAUCAGGUACUCUUGAACAUGCCCAAAGUUCUGGACAAAAAAAAGAUUUUACCUGAACUCACCCCAGAUAAAUAAUUAUAAUAAUAAUAAAAAAAAGCUCCCUGAAAAUGUAUCCAGUCCGACAGAGAUUUUAAAUGAAAUACACCAAAAUAAAGCACAGUCCCCUUAAUGGACAACUGUGAGAGUUUGCAUGCUCUUGGAGCUUUGCCGGAGCUAAUAUUACCGUAAGAUUGAAAAGAAUAUGCUUGAGACUGACUAUUUCUCAUUGGUAGAAGAGAUGUUGGUGCUUCUACAAGCUCAAGGGGAAGUCUAUGUGAAGCUCAUACAUGUUUUUACUGUAUCUACCAAAACUAGAGAUCAAAAAACAUCCUUCACGCUUGAACAUACCCUUUCCCAGUUAUAACCAAUGCCACUCACUGUUCUAUGAAGACGGUCAAUGAAGGUCACCUACUCAGCGAGAUAUCUGAACCGAAAAUGAGAAACACAAUUACACUCAUUGGUUGUCGAGUUUGAUCCUCUUUGGUCAUCUCCUGUGUAAUACAAGUGUCGUCUUGUCCGACUCUUUAAUUAGUUUGAACUGAAACACACACAUCUGUGUUCAUAUAGUGGUUCAUUUAAUUUAAUUCUUCUUUCUUUUUUCCUUUUUUUUUGUCUGUAAACACCACUAAUAUUUUUUAUGUUGUCCGUCUUGUAUUUACUGUGAGAAUUAUGCUCUGUGAGAAUUAUGAACUUCCUGGGGAAAAGAGACCAUGUGAACCAAAAAAAUAAAAACUGAGAAAACAAAAGCUAAAAGAAAAAUGAGAAAACAACAGGAAGAGAGAGAGAGAAAAAUAAACAGACUAUUGUAUGCAAUCACCAUGACUGAAUGAAACAAAGACACAAACGCACAUGCACUGUCUCACUGUCCAGCCAGCCAACCCCUCCCAGUCAACAGCACACUUUGUAGUACUUUACUCACAAAACUUAAAAUUUGACACACUUUGUGGACGGUCCCUUCACUGAAGUGUGUAUGUGUUUUGUGUGUGUGUGUGUGUGUGUGUGUGUGUGUGUGUGUGUGUGUGUUUGUGUGUGAUCGUAUUUGUGUGUGUGUGUGUGUGUGUGUAUGUGUGUGCGUGCGUGUGUGUGUGUGUGUGUGUGUGUAUAUAUGUCUGCAUGAGCGUAUGAGCGUGUUUAAAAAGGCACUAGUGUUUUGAAGCCUGUGUAUGAUUUUGUAAUAGAAGUGCACACACUCACACACAGAGGCACACACACACACACACACACACAUACACACACACACACAUACACACACACACACACACACACACACACACACACCUGAUGGGAGGAUUCACAUUUGUAUGGUGCAUGUGUGGAGAUUUGUAUACAGCUCUUGCAAUUUUGUUUAUUUUGAAAGAUUUUACAAUAAAACAGGUCAAACACGUGACACGUA